AUGACCAACAGGCAUAGAAUGCUCAUCUCCAAAAUCGCAAGCGAUAUCCAUUUGUCCGUUUUGACCCGUUACUCAUCCAAGAAGAAAAAUCGAGCUUGGAGUACCAAGCCAACAUGUACAGCACUCCUUGCCACAAACUUUGAUAUAUUACCUCACCUGCUAGAACAGAUCAUUCUCUUCUUAUAUUUAGAUAUUUCCCUUUCCUCUGGCAAUAACAGCUGUUUUCCAGAUCCACCAAAUUGUCGCAAACAGAAAGAGAGAUCCGCACACGCAUACAACCUUUCGUACGCCAAAUUCCAGAUCCAAGAGUCCAGAUCCCAGAUCCCAUAUCCUAAAUAUUUGUUCCAGAUCCCAACAACUUUCCGCCACCUUAGAAGAUGUUUCUAUGUCGGACCAGACCGGACAAACAAAAAAACGUGGUUUAGUUUUGUGAGCGUAGAAACAACUCAAUACGGAUUUAUAUACUUGAUUCCUGACACAUCUUGGAUCAAAGGAACUAAGAAAGUACUUUUUUGUCAAAUAGCUGAUUAAUUCGUACCGUCUUUGCUUAAUUGUAUUUUGUUUUUUGAAAUAUAGAAAUAUCCAUUAUGAUCAUACAUGUCAGAUAUGUACAAGUGUCAAUGAAAGUGUGUGCUUAUUUAUUGCGAUUUAUUAACAAUAAAAAUAACGAUGAGAUUGACAUUAAGAUUAACUGAUAAAUGACUUGUAUAAAUUCCAAGAGUUUCUUAUAUUUUACCUUUUUUUUCUUUUUCUUAAUCC